CGUUAUUAGAGUCAUGGCGAGCAGAAACGUAGCUGGCAUUCUCUUUGUGGUUUCUGCCAAGUAUACAUUUCAAGUGAUAUGAAGAAAAGGCAAAUGCUCAUGGUUGCGUCAUCAUUGAUCACGUGACAUUGUUAAAUCACGUAGGUGUUUGUGCAUAAAAUAUCAUAACUAGAUCCCUACUUUGCGAUCUGUCUGCACAAUAUUUUAGGUAUCUGUGGAUUGAGAACCAAUUGUACUUUGAUUUGAGUUCGCCCGUACAUAUUUGAGUAUGACUGACAACCAGAUUUUUCGACUGAGGAGACAUUCAUUUAGUAAUCUGUUGGAAUUCAUGUCUACACACUUUUGUUCUUGGCGCUGAAAUUCCAAAACCCUUUACAAUGUGGCGAUAUUUUGAAAAGUCAAGGGUAGUUUGUCUUGGAUUAACAACUAUCUGCCUUGUGUUGGAUUUGGCGAUAGCUCAUGAAACGGCCAUUGAUCUGGUUAAGUUUUCCACGGGUGAUUCCCGUGUUAGAAUUCCCUGCUUAUGUUUUCGCGAUGUCCAGCCAGAGAGCGUUAAGAUUGUCACGUGGGACGUAAUUAAAGGUGACUCGCUCGUGCCCCUCGACAGUGUUAUUGUGCUUGAGGCAAGGCACCCAGAGAACAUGUCUAAUCCCAGAGAGGCUACCUGGAAGUACAGUUUAGGAGAAGGGCUAUCUCUGCUGGUGGAGUCUCCAGAGUUGACCGAUUCUGCUCGAUAUAGGUGUGAAAUCGUCCUCAAAUCUAACAGAACUUUGUCUUCGACUGUACAGCUGAAAGUACACGAUGACCAACAGCCGACACCGGAUGCUGGCAUUCGCCAUUACGUCAUUCCCGCCAUCGUUGUAGUUGUACUCGUUAUUGAACUCGGCUUCGUGUUUGCACUGUGGGUGAACCUUAGAGACCGCAGGCCAGACAGACAAGGCCUUAGCUACGUGGACAUCUUUUCUCCCUUCCAAGUGUCCCCAAAGGCGUGGUACACAGACGCAGAAGAAGCCCCUAUCCCACCGUGGAAAGUGGACCGUUCCAGGGAACACCGACUUCUCAUGGAGGACUUGAAUGAUGGCUCUGUAUUUGAGAGAGACUCUGGAUUUGACGACAAAAUGUCCGUGACAACGACCUCACGUGAACCGGAAGUGGAAGAAGUGGUUUGAGGAAGUGAAACGAGACAAGUCGAACGAGGAAUGAUUUGCAUUCAUGUGUCGCAGACACUAAUGAUACAGCUGUCGAAACUCUCGGAAACCGUCAUUGGCAAUAACUCUAUACAAAGCCCGAGACAUUCCCACAAAUCUAAGUCAGAGACGUUAUGGAGAAUGUAUUGUUGGAGACAUUUUGUAUUGUUAGCCCCAGUACACUGACUCGUGCAGAUUGCAGUCAGUGAACUCGGACUGGAGAUAUUUCAGGUCUCCGUUGACAAUGUUGUCUUUUAUGGCACAAAAGACAACCAUCUUUAAAAAAAAUAAACACGGUCGGGCACUCAUUGGCAAAAUAGAAUCUCACGUCAAGCCUCGCAUAUUUUAUUAGAAUUAUUUUAAUUGCGCUGCACUCGCUUUUAAUGACCUAGAGUAGGCUCGGACCAAACGUCACUUAACACAGUUCCCAGCCGGAAGACAUUUUGGUCAUGUGAAUGCUACCUUAACGAAUCGUGUUCCAGACUUUAUCUUUACAUUAAUUCUUCAAGCAGUAAACCUUCGGCACGAGGUAUUCCUUACUCACUUUCUUUAUUAAAGUUAAAAACAACUACAAACUAUUCCCAAUGAGGUUUUUACCUCUUAUUGAUUUGCCUGAUUAGCGUUAAUUUGACACCGUUGACCAAAAUAAAAGUCACCCUAGAAGCAACAGUGGUCGUACGUUUGUGUGUGUAGGAGACCAGAGAAAAGUGCAAAUACCACGUGUACCUGACAGAUGAACUUGCUGAUGUGAACCCGAGAUCGGAUCAUACCCCGAGUAAAAAACUCUAAACAUGGUAGUUGCUGCCGCCUUGCCUGGCGCUCAGCGCAGAGAGCAAGGAAAUAGUUACAGUCAAGUUAGCCUACGCCGGGAUGGCUUUGUCAAGUUGUUAAGUGCGACGUAAAACCAUACAUACUACUGAGGUGCGUUGCAAAUAACACAGUCCAAACAACAGCCAAAGUUACUUGUUUAUUUAUUUAUUUGAUUGGUGUUUUACGCUUUACUCAAGAAUAUUUCACUUAUACAACAGCGGCCAGCAUUAUGGUGAAAGGAAACCGGGCACAGCCCGGGGGAAACCAACGACCACCCUCAGGCCGCUGACAGAUCUUCCCUACGUUAUUGCGCCGUGCUCAUGGUGUAUGUGGAUACAAAGAGGACGUAUAUCGCCCAUCCCCC